GUUAACACUGAUAGAUCAUUACAUCAUGUCUGUUGAUGUUGCAUCACUUGCACUGAAGAGUAUGACCUCCAUCAACAGAUUUUUUUUUGUUUGUCUCAUAAGAUGCUACAUUUAGUCUUCAUGUCAGCUGUAGUUACUGUUGUUGACGGACAACAGACCCUAUAAUGUCUGGCACUCUGCUUGGGCCAUCUUGGCUCUAACACAAUGGAAUCUUUUAAGCAGGCUUUCUCGGCCCUCCUGUUAUCUGGGCUAUCAAGUGUAGUUGCAUUCCUAUCUCCAUUUCAAUAGCCCUGAAACUCCAUCUUGGCUUGGAGGUGUGUCCACUGUAAGAUGAAAUAUGCAGAGGAACGUUUUUUUUUGGGUUUUUUUUUUAAUUCAGAACAGGAAACAUUCUUAUAAUUACUUGGAGUUUGGUGGAGAAAAAACUUUCUUAUUUGGGACAAUAUUACAUUUGAAAGACAAUCUCAGUGUUGACUUGGAGACCUGGGAAGAAGUAAUGAAAUGCAAAGUAAACAAGAGUUGAUAAUUAACUGGUUACAGAUGAGGUGAAGGUUGAAAUAUCACCAAACGAACUGAAUUUCACUAAAGCCAACAAAGCUGUUAAUUUGGUAUCACUACUCUUCAAUCAUUUAACCAUACAUCAGUGAUAAACGGAGUGAACCACUGAAGACUUUACCGAUGAGAAAUUACAGCCAAUCACCAGAAAAAGAGUUGUACUAAUAUAAGUCAAAUUGCAGAAAAUAAUCUCUUUAGCAUGAGGUUAGUUAGUACUGUGACUUGAGUGGGUAUCAUCACAUGCUCAAAGGGAACAGUCUGUCUCCAGGCUAUCUCUAACACUCUGCAAUUAGAGUACACUCAACAGUAAAAUGUGACACACCUGUGGUUUCCUAACAGUGCAUUAUUUCUUGAUGACUAGUUUGAAAGGUAUACUUUUUUCUGUCACUCAUUUGUUUGUGGGAUGCAAGUACUAGCAACAUUGCUAAACAUUAUUUUCAUGCUCAAUUUGCACCUAUUUCUUGCUAGAAAACAGAUAAAAUCCUCAUGGCCCGUAUAGAUUGUCUUUGUGAUUUCUUUGGUGACUACAUGACAUUUAAAAAAAAAAAAUUCUUGAACUGAACUUGAUCUGAUCACUCAAGGUCAAACCUUGUAUCUUAUGAUCACACAUUUCAUUCAUUCUCCUUACAUUCUGUAACUGAUGGAAGUAUUCACUGUGUCCUUUCUUCGCCCCGCCCAUGUUUUACUGGUUUCGGUUUAACCAGUUUAGCCUCCCUCUCUGUUUACUCUAUAUAAAUUGCGCUGGUAGUACCUGUAAGAUCACUUUGCCACUGUGCUGACACAAGUCACUGACUGUCACAGCAGCUUCACUACAUUAGAGGGAAAAACACCAAGCUGACUCCAUGUCAUCCGACCAAGACGACUGCCACCUGUGUAAGGAAUACCUUAGGGAUCCUGUGUCUAUCCCAUGUGGACACAUCUUCUGCUCCAUUUGUCUGAAGACAUACUGGGAUCAUGCUGACCACACAGGUUCAUACCUCUGCCCACAGUGCAGAGUCACGUACAACAAGAGGCCCACCCCAAGACGCAUGGGAGGCUCCCGGCACUCUACCAUCCAACGUAAUGCCGAAUCCUUUCCACCUCCACCUCCGUCCCCUGACUACAACUACGCAGGACCCCAGGAUGUAGGUUGCGACAUCUGCGUUGGCAAGAAACAAAAAGCCAUCAAGAGCUGCCUGAUGUGUCUGGCCUCCUACUGCGAGAGGCACCUCAAGCCCCACUAUGAGUCAGCCACUUUUAAGAGGCACAAGCUGGUGGAUGAAAUUGGCCACCUGGACAGACAGAUCUGUCCCCAGCAUCAGAAGGGUCUGGAGCUGUUCUGUCGCACCGACCAGAUGUGUAUCUGUGUGCUGUGUACGGUGAAAGAACAUAAAGGUCACGACAUGGUGUCUGCUGAGCAGGAGAGGGCUGAGGAGCAGCAACGGCUGGGCGCAACACAGGCAGAGAUCCAAGAAAAGAUUCAUGAUCGACUGAAGCAGAUGGAGGAACUGAAACAAGCAGUGGAGUCACUAAAGCACUCAGCUCACCGAGCACUGCAGGACUGUGAGAAGAUGUUUUCGGACAUGAUGCGCUCAAUUGAGAGGAUGCAACAAGAGAUGACCAAGCUGAUCUCCUCCAACAAGAGAGCAGCGCUCAACAACGCGGAGGGCCACAUGGAGCGUCUGACCCACGAGAUUGCUGACCUGAAGAGAAGAGACAACGAGAUCACCCAGCUGUCCCGCACUGAGGACCACAUCCACUUCAUCCAGAGCUAUCAAAUGCUGAUUGCCCAGACAGAGGCUGAGGAGCUGCCUACAGUGAGCGUCAACCCCUACUUUUCCUUCGGCCCAGUCACUAAGGCCGUCUCUGAGAUGAAACAGCACCUGAAUGAAUUCAGCAAUGAUGAACUGGUUAAGGUAGCCAAAGCAGUUAACAAAAUUACCUUCUGUCAGCUGGAUGAAUCCAAAAAGAGACGGUCAACAAAAAGUGAUGAAGCUCCCAUGUACAAGUCUGUACCAGUCCAUGAACCUCAGUCCAGGGAUGAUUUUCUGAAAUAUGCUUGUCAGCUCACUCUGGACUCAAACACAGCCUACAGACAGCUCUACUUGUCUCGAGGGAACAGGAAAGCUACCCUCAAGAGAGACCCCCAGUCCUAUGGUGACAACGCUGCCAGGUUUGACUCCCUGCCUCAAGUCCUGUGCACAGAGGCGCUCUCCGGAGGCGCCUACUACUGGGAGGUUGACUGGAGUGGGGAGGGGGCUUCCAUAGGAGUCACCUACAAAGGCAUCAAGAGGACAGGUUAUGGAGACAGCUGCCGCAUCGGAUACAACCGCAAAUCUUGGAGCCUCUUCUGCUCUGAUUCCAGCUACUCAGCCCGCCACCACAAGGACCAGAUAGAUAUCAACGCACCCUACUCCUCCCGUAUUGGGGUGUUCCUGGACCACGCUGGGGGUACCCUCUCUUUCUACACUGUAGGGGACACCAUGUCUCUCAUCCACCGCUUCAAGGCCACCUUUAGUGAGGCUGUCUAUCCAGGCUUCUGGGUUUGGUACGAGUCAGCCAUCACCAUCAUCCAGCUGUGAUUUAAUAACACACUUCCAAUGAUCAAUGUAUAACUGGGAUUCAGUUUUGGUAUGGGAUUACAGAACAAAAAUAAUACUAUACUUUGAUUAUAUAUUAUAAUUCCUUUAAGAUUGGACAUCUUUGUCUUUUUUUUUUACUAUACUUUGUACUUACUUUGCUGUGUUGAUUAUUGGGGAAACUAUUCUUGAUGACUGAAUAUUCUACAAAUCAACAUGUGUGAAAUACAGUACCAGUCCAAAGUGUGUCCAAACUUUUGACUGGUACUGUAUGAGAUCAGGGAUAUAACGUGAAUGAGCAUUUAAAAUAUCAUUUAAAAAGAAUGAAGGCUGUACUUGAUUGACAUAUGUCAUGUGAUCAUUUAU